GAUUUAAAUCCCAAUUUAAAUAAUAUUACAACUUGUCUUCUCCUCUUAUUUCUUCUCUCUCUCUUUCUGUUGAAGAAGCUGAAUCAGAAGAGUUUUUUUUUGCUUCAAAAGGAGCUCCGGCGAAACUUCCGGAGAUAUUAACACUUACUCUGACGAGUUUUUGUCUCGUCUUACGUCUUUGCUGCUGCUGUUGAUGGAACUUGACGACUUGGAUCUCAGCGGUUCUUGGCCGUUAGAUCAGAUCACUUUUGCUUCAAAUUUCAAGUCUCCUGUCAUUUUCUCUUCCUCCGAACAACCUUUCUCUCCUCUCUGGUCCUUCUCCGAAACUUCUGGAGAUGUCGGCGGCGAGCUUUACUCCGCCGCAGUAGCUCCCACUCGCUUCACCGAUUAUUCCGUCUUACUCGCUAGUUCUGAAUCUGAAACCACGACCAAGGAGAAUAAUCAGGUUCCUUCUCCGUCAUGGGGUAUAAUGCCUUUGGAGAAUCCAGAUAGUUACUGUGCCAUCAAAGCCAAGAUGACUCAAGCGCUUAGAUACUUCAAGGAAUCUACUGGACAACAACAUGUUCUUGCUCAGGUUUGGGCGCCUGUCAAAAACCGUGGUCGAUAUGUUCUUACAACUUCAGGACAGCCAUUUGUUCUUGGUCCCAAUAGUAAUGGCCUUAAUCAAUACAGGAUGGUUUCAUUGACGUAUAUGUUUUCCCUUGAUGGUGAACGGGACGGAGAGCUCGGGCUUCCUGGUCGCGUUUUCAGGAAAAAGUUACCUGAGUGGACUCCUAAUGUGCAGUAUUACUCCAGCAAAGAGUUUUCAAGGCUUGGUCACGCCUUGCACUAUAAUGUUCAGGGAACUUUGGCUUUGCCUGUUUUUGAACCAUCCAGGCAACUCUGUGUAGGAGUUGUCGAGCUUAUUAUGACUUCUCCGAAGAUUAACUAUGCUCCUGAGGUUGAAAAAGUUUGUAAAGCGCUUGAGGCCGUGAAUCUGAAAACUUCGGAAAUAUUGAACCACGAGACUACUCAGAUCUGCAACGAGGGUCGCCAAAAUGCGUUAGCUGAGAUUUUGGAGAUACUGACAGUGGUGUGCGAGACCUACAAACUGCCUUUAGCCCAGACAUGGGUCCCUUGCAGGCAUCGCAGUGUUCUAGCCUUUGGAGGUGGUUUUAAGAAAAGCUGUUCGAGCUUCGAUGGAAGCUGUAUGGGGAAAGUCUGUAUGUCUACUAGUGAUUUAGCGGUUUAUGUUGUUGAUGCUCAUGUUUGGGGUUUCCGAGACGCCUGUGCUGAACACCAUCUGCAGAAGGGACAAGGUGUUGCUGGGAGGGCGUUUCAGUCUGGAAAUCUAUGCUUCUGUAGAGAUGUUACUCGGUUCUGCAAAACCGACUACCCAUUAGUACACUAUGCACGGAUGUUCAAGUUGACGAGCUGUUUCGCGGUCUGCUUAAAGAGCACAUAUACAGGGGAUGAUGAGUACGUUCUUGAAUUCUUUCUUCCUCCAGCCAUCACAGACAAGAGUGAGCAAGAUUGUCUAUUGGGUUCUCUGCUUCAGACAAUGAAGCAGCACUAUUCGAGUCUCAAGGUUGUCUCUGAAACUGAACUCUGUGAAAACAACAUGUCUCUUGAAGUCGUGGAAGCUUCGGAGGACGGAAUGGUUUACUCGAAACUUGAACCAAUCAGGAUACAUCAUCCAGCACAAAUCUCUAAGGAUUACCUUGAGCUCAACGCACCCGAACAGAAGGUGAGCUUAAACUCUGACUUUAUGGAGAAUAAUGAAGUUGAUGAUGGGGUUGAGAGGUUCCAAACGCUUGAUCCUAUACCAGAGGCCAAAACAGUGAAAAAAUCAGAAAGGAAGCGUGGGAAAACAGAGAAAACGAUCAGUCUAGAAGUGCUUCAACAAUAUUUUGCUGGUAGUCUAAAAGAUGCAGCAAAGAGCCUCGGAGUUUGCCCAACAACAAUGAAACGCAUUUGCCGACAACACGGGAUCUCACGGUGGCCAUCUCGAAAAAUCAACAAGGUGAACCGAUCUCUCACACGACUUAAACAUGUUAUAGACUCGGUUCAAGGUGCUGAUGGAUCACUCAACUUGACGUCCCUCUCUCCUCGCCCUUGGCCUCACCAAAUCCCUCCAAUCGAUAUCCAAUUAGCAAAGAACUGCCCUCCAACUUCUACAUCUCCCCUAAGUAAUCUCCAAGAUGUCAAAAUCGAAAACAGAGAUGCAGAAGACAGUGCAGGUUCAUCAACAUCGCGUGCUUCUUGCAAAGUGAAUCCUAUUUGCGAGACGCGUUUUCGGCUUCCUACACACAACCAAGAACCAUCCAGACAAGUGGCCUUGGACGAUUCGGAUAGUAGCUCUAAAAACAUGACAAAUUUUUGGGCACACUUAACCUGCCAAGAUACAGCUUCUCCAACAAUUCUCCAACAUAAGCUCGUGAGUAUAAAGGCAACGUACAGAGAAGACAUCAUCAGGUUCAAGAUCUCACCAGAGUCGGUAAGCAUUACGGAACUUAAGCAGCAAGUGGCCAAAAGGCUGAAGCUCGAAACGGCAGCCUUUGAGCUCAAGUAUCUAGACGACGAUAGAGAAUGGGUCUCCGUCUCAUGCGAUGCUGACCUCAGCGAAUGCCUCGACACGUCUGCAGCAAAAGCGAACACACUGAGGCUCUCAGUACAUGACGUGACUUUUAACUUUGGGAGCUCAUGCGAAAGCUCAGAGGAAACUAUGAUGUGCUUGUGACAAUGCUUCACUUGUAUACAACUUUCUUGUAUGGAUCUGAGAGUUUUGUUUCUUAUUUUUCUCUGGAAACAUGUCUUCUUUAGAAGAAGGUUUUAGUGUUCUAUUUUUUUAUAAGAUGUAUAAAAGCACACUUCUCCACAUCAAUAGAUGUUGAUUGGAAUAAUGAUAUAUAAUUGUUAUUAUUUAC